AUUAUAAUUCUUAUGUUUCUUCCUGAUUACCCAUAUUGUUUUUUUUGUGAUGAAUGGUCAAUCAUGCCUGCCGUCCUUUAGUGAAUAAUAUUUGUAUCACGUAACUAUCUUCUACAUAUAUGUGAUGCUAUAUCUUAAUUAAAUAUAAUGCAUAGAAAAUCUAGAAAAACAGAUACUUAUUGCUUUUAGCGAAUUCAGAAUUUGAAUUCCUUAACUAAAGGAUACAUCUAAAAUGAAAUAUCGUAAAAAUAUCCAAUUGUCUUUGUGGUAAAUAAAAAAAUUGAUAUUUCUACAUCGUAAUAAUACUAAAACUCUAGAGAUGUUUGUGUGUACCCGAAAUAUAUCAGAAAUAGUAUAUUGUAUCUUAUUUUUUUUGCAUAUUUAUUUUUAUACUUAACUUCGGCAGUGCAGUACAAAUUUUCCUGAUAUUUGGACCUUUAUUUAUUAAUGAAAACGAUUGAACAAUCUUUGUUAUCUCUUGAAAAAAAUAAAACAUGGCUUCCUUGACGUUUACGCACAUUGAAUACACACACAUAUAAAGAAUAUCAUGGCAUGUCAAAACAGCACGAACGCAUGUCCGCUUAUCUGUGACAUAUACACACGCAUAGUGUUCGUGAUUUCUAAGAACAACAGCAAUAAAAAAAGAAAAGAAAACAUCGACUUUUUGACGUACACAAUAUUUUAAUCAUUUGAAAAUAUUUAACUCAAUGUUAUUUCAAAAAUGGGCGGAAGUAAAGGACAUGGACGCCUCUCUUUCUGGGUGGUUUUUAAAUUUUUUUUACAGAAACCCACUUCUUCCACAGCGGAUUAAGUAUUUUUAGCUUUCUUUAACCAGAGUGUUGUGUCUGGGAAGACUCUUUUGGUGCCUUAUAAUUUAAUGCACACACACACCUGUAAAAUUUCCACUCAUUUACUUAUUUAUUUUUCUAAAAUUUUCGUUGCGUCUUGUAACCUUUUCAAUAGUUAUUGACUCUGUCUGUUAUUCAAUAACGGACAGAGCCAACGAAAAUUUUAGAAAAAUAAGAAAUGAGUGGAAAUUUUACCUGUGAGCGUGUUUAAGUAUAAGGCAUUAAAAAGAAUGACUUUCCCCAGAUACAACAGAAUAUGCUUCAACACUUUUUUGUUAUUUAUCUCCUCUACCUGCACGUCUCACUCAGGCUCUGUUUUACACACAAAUAUAUAAAAAGUCAACGCUCAUUAUUAUCUUUGGAGAUUAUACAUACAUUUUAACACUUUACAAUAUACUUACAUAUAUACAUAAUUCUAAAUCUGUCGAAUAUAAAUAAUGUACAUAAUUAUUCAUCUCUUAACUGUGGAACUGAAAAGUUAAUCAAUAUGUCAGACAACAGGAGGCACAGAUCAAUUGGUGGAGGCAGAGGACCAGAAAAUGAAGAUCUAGAGAUUGAACUCUUACAGUGGAUUGUUGUUUAGCGUGCAAACAAUGUAAUUGUAAAUUAUCGCCAUUUACGGGAAUAUGCUUUUGAAUUGGUAAAAAGGUUUGGAAUUGGAAUGAACAGCUUUAGAUGUUCUGAUAAAUGGAUUUUCAAUUUCAUGAAACAGAAUAAUCUGACUGUGAGAAAGAUUACACAUGUUGGUCAAGCAGACAAUAAAAACACUUGGAGAAAAGGCACAAAUCACCAGUGACUAUCUAGAUAGUAUUCCAAUGUUAACAACAGAUAAGGAUGCUAACCAUAUUUAUAAUAUGGAUGAAACACCUGUAUAUGUUGACAUGUUGAGUUCAACAACCAUAGACUUUGUUGGCAAUAAAAAUGUAGAUGCUAGCCCCUGUGGUGCUACCAAAGCUCGUUUUACUACUGUGUUGUUUGUUAAUGCUGCAGGAAAGGUGUUGAAAACGAUGAUUACCCUUAAAGGAUUGAAAAACGUGCCUAAAAUCAACGUCGUAAAGAAUAUUUACUUAACAGUCUCCAACAGAGGAUCAAUCACAUAUGAACUCAUGCAGCUGUGGGCUGACAAAGUGUUUGGGCAGAGAACAGCACAACUAUCCCAUGCUCAAAAUUCAGUGCUAUUCAUGGACGAAUGCUCAGUGCAUGAGAAAACAGAGCUGCUAGAAGUGUUCAAACUGUAAUGAAGUUAUGCGUACCAAACGAUCAUCACUGGGCCGUCUCACCAUACAUGGAAAGAAGACAAGAGAAAGACGGAAAAGGGAAACCACAGAAGAAAGGCAAUUAAGAUUACGAAAUCAUAGGGAAAGACAAUCUGCUGCUCGACAGGCAGAAACAGCAGAAGAAAGGCAGGCAAGAUUAGAAACUCAGAAACAGAGGGCAAGAACUCGUCGUGCAGCUCUCAAGAUGAAAAUGACACAGAAAAAAAAGAAUGAAACACAGCACCUUGGGGAGCAACACCUGCAGAAUCAAAAGUUUAAAAAUCAACAAUCACAUGACAGAUGGCAAAUGGACAGUGCUUUAUCAUUUCCAAAGACUUCAAAAUGUGUACAUCUAACUACUAAAAUGCCAGUCCAGCAAGAUUCAAGUUUAGCCCAAGCAUCGCAAAAUAUUACAAAGCCAGCUCAGGUGUUGACUUCACCAUUUCAAAUAACUCCAUCCAAAUCAAAGCUGAUGAAAAAUCCAAAUCAAACAACUGUAUCUAAAUCAAUAAUUAGAGAAAAAGAUUUACCGAAACAAAAAUUGCUAGUUACUAGCCAUCAACAUUAUGUUAUGUCUAACCUAGCAUCCAUGUGGAGAAAUAGGAAAUUAUGUGAUGCCAGUAUUAGCAAUGGCUCAUCUACUGUGAUGGUCCAUAAAAUAGUCUUGUCUGCUGUGUCUCCAAAACUGUUCUCAGUGUUUAGUACACACAUCUCUUCUCAGGUGUUUGAAGUAAAAUUUCCUGAAGUAGUUAGUACAGAAGCUUUAAUGGUUUUUGCUGAAUACAUGUAUACUGGACUAUUAGAUCUUGAUCUUAAUAUUUUACAACAGCUAAAAGUCAUUGCAAAACAAUUAGACACGAAAGACUUAGAAAAUCUGUGUGAUGCUCAUCUUCUAAGUGGAGCAAGUCAGCAACUUGCUUCGACAGUUACUGCAUUUGAUGAUCCCAGGCAGAUGCCAUCUGAUGUUUCAGCUGUUCCUACAGAGGAUAUUAAACAAGAGAUUUCUCAAAACGAAUUAGCACAACUUAAAGAAGGUACAGUUAGAACCUUUAAGCGAGAGUUUGAUGCUGCAUCUCUGGACUCUAAGAGUGGCAACUCUCCAGUUGGUUCUGUUAUUCUUCCCAGUGUAAAAAUGGAGCCUGUAGGACCUGAUGAUGACAAAUAUGGUCAAAUGAAUGAAAGAGCUUACACAUCUUGUUCAGUUUCAAAUAGUUCUGAGACUCUAAAAACUACUUUGAAUUCUAUAGUUGUGUCCACUACAGAUUUUAGCUUACCGUUUUCAGAUACCACAAACAGCAAAGCAACAGCAAACAAGAUACAUGGAACAUCACCUAAAUUAAAAUCUAAUGUAUUUGAACGUUCUCCAGUUUCUGACUCAUCUCCUGUGUCAUAUCGUGAAGAAAAACUGUGUUCUCAAUCUAGACUCAUAAGAGAAGACCCUUCUAAACCACUAAAUCGAACAAUAACAACUCAGACAAUUGACAACAAUGAGAUUUGUGGUAGCAAUGAAGAUGUCUAUCCUGUAGGACUUUUUACAGCAGGAGGGGACAGAUUAUCAUUAUCAUCAACACAAGUUACCAAUGUCAAAAAUACAGGUUUAUAUAAAACAGAUGGUCUUACUUGAUAUCAGAAAUAGUUAAUUUUCAGUUUACACACACAUACACACUGAUAAAUUGAGCUCUAAUUUUGUAAUAAAAUAAUGUUUGAAAUACCA